AUGGCAUACAGUGAACAAAUAAAGAAGAAUGUCAAAGUGCUCUGCUACAUAGAGGUCAAUGAGCUCGCUGCGAACCGUGAGGAAUGGAAUGACUACAAUCUGAGGUGGAACGACAGCGACUAUGGGGGUGUCAAGGACCUACGUAUCACUCCCAACAAGCUGUGGAAGCCGGAUGUGCUCAUGUACAAUAGUGCUGACGAAGGUUUUGACGGGACAUACCAGACCAACGUGGUGGUCAGAAACAACGGCAGUUGCCUGUACGUGCCCCCGGGCAUAUUCAAGAGCACAUGCAAGAUAGACAUCACGUGGUUCCCCUUCGACGAUCAACACUGUGACAUGAAGUUUGGUAGCUGGACGUACGAUGGCAACCAGUUGGAUCUGGUGUUAAAAGACGAAGCUGGCGGUGACUUGUCGGAUUUCAUCACGAAUGGAGAAUGGUAUUUAAUAGGCAUGCCAGGCAAAAAGAACACAAUAACUUACGCGUGUUGCCCAGAGCCCUACGUCGAUGUCACAUUUACCAUCAUGAUUCGAAGACGGACGUUGUACUACUUCUUCAACCUGAUCGUUCCCUGUGUAUUGAUCUCUUCCAUGGCUCUGCUUGGAUUCACACUGCCUCCCGAUUCUGGGGAAAAACUUACACUCGGAGUCACUAUUCUUCUAUCGCUGACGGUGUUCCUCAACCUGGUAGCUGAGACCCUGCCGCAGGUCUCCGAUGCUAUCCCCCUGUUAGGUGUAACAAUUCUCCUGUCGCAAACAGUUUUCUCUCUAUUGGUGGGGCACGUCAUCACAAAAACCUCAGAGGCGAUCCCCCUAAUAGGGACUUACUUCAAUUGCAUCAUGUUCAUGGUGGCAUCUUCCGUAGUGCUGACGGUGGUGGUAUUAAACUAUCAUCAUCGAACCGCUGACAUUCAUGAAAUGCCACAAUGGAUAAAAUCCGUGUUCCUUCAAUGGCUGCCGUGGAUUCUCCGCAUGUCACGGCCGGGGAAGAAAAUAACGCGCAAAACGAUAAUGAUGACGCAGCGUAUGCGCGAGUUGGAGCUCAAGGAGCGGUCGUCAAAAUCGCUUUUGGCGAACGUGUUGGAUCUUGAAGAUGAUUACCGACACGGGCCGCCACAGCCAAAUAGUACUGCCUCUACAGGGAAUUUGGGACCCGGGUGUUCGAUAUUCCGCACGGACUUCCGAAGGUCGUUCGUGAGGCCCUCCACGAUGGAGGACGUUGGAGGGCUCGGAGGGCAUCACAGAGAGUUGCACCUCAUCCUCCGGGAACUCCAGUUCAUCACCGCCAGGAUGAAAAAGGCUGAUGAAGAAGCAGAGCUAAUCAGUGAUUGGAAAUUUGCAGCCAUGGUUGUUGACAGGUUUUGCCUGUUCGUGUUCACUCUAUUUACAAUCAUCGCGACGGUGGCAGUGCUGCUCUCCGCGCCGCAUAUCAUCGUGCAGUGAGGUCCCGGGUUCGAAUCCCGUUAACGAGAGAACUAAUAUUAGACUCGAGAUAGCGUAAUUAUGUAUAAAUACUGUAUCUAAAAUAAACCCGGUGGAUAUAGGUUCGUGUAAAGGUGACUGCUUAUUGAUCAACAUGAUAUUAUUAGCAUUUGUUGAUGCCUUUGUAAAAUUGCCGAUUUUGCGACGCCUUCACAGUCACUAAGUACUCCAGGUCGCAUACAAUUUUAUACAAUAUAAUCGCAUAGGUAGAAUUCUUAAACUGAUGCCAUCAUCAGAAGUGCAUUCAGCUUCUUAGUUCCAUAAAAAUUCGACUUCGAUUUUCAAAAACAGACACAUUUAAAUUAAAUGAAAUUAAUGAUCCUGAUUUAAAUUUAUGAAGUAAAGUUUUCAUUAUUUAUUAAGGUCCCUGUUAAUAAGCAACUUUAAAGUCCAGUGUUAAAUACGUAACAGCUGAGGCGUUGCUCAAACCUCAAGGUGCAUCUCAAGCUUAUUGUAAUAAUAGAUAUAAUCAUCGGCAUCUUGGAUGAUACCAUCUCAAGGAACCA